CACACACACAUAAACAUAUAGAGUGCGGCCAUGCCUCAUCAGUCAAGACGAUUGUCAAAGUUGAAGAUAGAGAGGAAGACCAGGCUGAGGUUUGCCCUGAUCAUGUUCUGCUGUGUUCUGCUUGCAUCAGUCAUACUGGCACUUGGGCUAUACUACAUCAUCAGACACGUCAAUUCAAAUUUUUACUACUGCAAUCAGUCUCAGACGUUCAUUCCUGCUGUAAAUGUGUGUGACGGGAAGUUUGACUGCGAUGCCGGAGAGGACGAGCUCAACUGCGUGUCCAAGCUGUGGGCCAACACCACACAUCCAGUGAGGUUGAUGGGCAAGAGUUUGGUUCUGCAGGUCUUCCUCAACGGCAAAACUUGGAGCACUGUAUGUGCGGACAACUGGAGAACCCAAUACUCUCGAUUAGCCUGCCAACAACUAGGUUACACAAAGAGCCCACGGAGUAUUCAAGUGCCCGUCCGGAGUCUACCUCCUGACCUACAGAGUUCGUUCAGUGCCUUGGAUAAUGAAAGCCAAGACUCAAGCACAAGCAUCCAGAGUUUACUUAGCAUGAGAGAUAAGUGCACCUCCGGCUUUGUGAUCUCACUGUCUUGCUCAGACUGUGGCGAGGCGGUUGGUGAAGAUCGGAUCGUCGGUGGUACGGAUACGACUAUCGAGUCGUGGCCAUGGCAGGUCAGUUUGCACUGGGACAUGCAGCACGUGUGUGGAGGAUCGCUGAUCUCGACCCGAUGGAUAAUCAGCGCCGCUCACUGCUUCGUUGGGAGAAACAGAGCGCUGAGCCAGUGGAGUGUGAUUUUAGGCCAAACCUAUUUGACCUCAUCCAGGGCCGUGCCAGUCGAAAGCAUUGUGAUGAACCAAGCCUACGACCCAGUGUCACAUGACUACGACAUCGCCAUGGUCCGACUGGCCUCUGAGGUUCUUCCCGGAGCCACAAUCCAUCCCGUCUGCCUCCCUCCAUACCAGCUGUCAAUCAGUGUGGGGGACAACCUUGUUGUGACUGGGUGGGGCAUCCUACACGAGAACGGCCAGCUGUCGGAUGUGCUUCAGAAAGCCAUGGUUCCUCUUAUUGCCUGGUCCACUUGUUCCAGUGCGUCAAUCUACGGUUCCGCCGUCACUCCCAGAAUGCUGUGCGCCGGCUUUCUGAAAGGAGGAGUAGACUCCUGUCAGGGGGACAGCGGGGGUCCGUUGGUGUUCCAGUCCUCCCGGUGGCAGUUGGUGGGUGUGGUGAGCUGGGGAGACGGCUGUGCCCGUGAGGGCCUGCCUGGGGUUUACACCGACGUCAGACAGCUGCUGAACUGGAUUUAUAUUAUCAUGGAUAAAUACCCCUAAGGACUCUACGUGCAGUGGAUGUCUGGAGAGAAGUCUAAUGACGCACCAAUACCAUCUAACAGAUAUACUGUAUAUCAGAACAACUGUAUGAACUUUACCUGGGCUCCUGGGUACCAGUUAUAGUGUUGCAUAAGCAAUCAUGUUUGUUGGUUGAUGUGGUACAGUAGCUCUUCUUGUAUGUUUUAAAGUAAUAUUAGAUGUUUUGUGUGCUGGUUUUAAAUAUUUAUUGUGUUAAAUUAAAAAUUGAACAGUGUUUUAUCAUACCAGAAACCUUAUAAAUAAACGUCAAUAAAGAAAAAGGGAAUUAAA